AUGAAUGUUAUUCUGGAGGUGGAAUUAUUUGAUGUUUGGGGGAUCGAUUUUAUAGGGCCAUUUCCGCCAUCUAAUGGCCACAACUACAUCUUGUUAGCUAUUGACUAUGUAUCCAAAUGGGUGGAGAAAAAUGGUCAGGCUAAGAUAUCAAACAGGGAAAUCAAGACAGUGUUGGAAAAAGUUGUUAAACUGACGCGUAAAGAUUGGGCUCAAAGAUUAGAUGAAGCGUUAUGGGCAUAUCGCACUGCAUACAAAACUCCCAUAGGAAUGUCCCCAUAUGCUCUAGUCUUUGGAAAAGCCUACCACUUACCGUUAGAACUUGAACACAAAGCAUUUUUGGCUACAAAAAAACCUAACUUUGAUCCGAAGGCCGCAGGAGAGGCGAGGAAGCUUCAACUGUUGGAAUUAGAUGAAUGGAGGCUACAGGCAUAUGAGAAUGCCAAAAUCUACAAGGAACAAACAAAGCAUUGGCAUGAUCAACGCAUCCGUAAGAAAGAUUUUGAAAUUGGCCAAAAAGUCUUAUUGUUUAACUCUCGAUUGCAUCUUUUUCCAGGAUAG